UCUAGAGGAGGGACCUGCAUUGCAUACAUAUCAAACAUGCUAAGUCCAGUGAACAAUUGCUUUUAUAGAUUACCUGCUUUUCUCAUUCACAUUGGUGUCAUGUCACCAGAAAGACAUGAAAGAAAGAGAAGGUUGCGUCCGUGUAGGUUGAAUGACAGGAUGUGUGAGUUUACUCCUAGGAACGCGGUGGGCAUAGCAGAGAGAUGGGGCUGAAUGCAUCCUGCCCCUGGGAGACUCCAGGGAUAGGAAGGAAUGAGCGUCUCGUUUUCUUCCCUCCACAGGGAAACAGAAUCUCUUGGGCAGAACCAGCAGUGAUGGACCCCAACACUCUCUCCAUGGAACAGGGGAAGCAGUUCUUAAAGCAGUGCGGGAUCCCACAAAGAGAUGGACACGGGAAAAUGCCAAUGCCACCGCCCCUUAGUUCCCACCUGGGAACAGCAGCUCUUCCCGAUACCCUGGGCUGUCACUCUUGGGCCAUUUGAAGGUCACCAGCAAGCCCCUCACCGGCUGUGGAGUGAAGAACCGUGAGAUUGCCUUUGCGCCCCAUAGCUUAGCUCCUGCGCAUGCGUGAAGACUUCAGGUGUUUGGUUUUGCAUUCCUGACUCAUUCACAGAGAAUAUGGUCUCCAAUCCCAUCCAGAUUGACUUGAUGACAGAGAAAUGGGUUGUUCUUGCCUCUGUGGAGGUUCUUCUGCGAUUUCCUCUGAAGCCAGGAGAGGAUCUGACCGCCCGCUGUGUCUCGAAUGAAAAAUGUCAGGCUUUGGUGGACCGGCCCCCCACAAUUUCACAAAGACGUGAAUACCAAGAGGGGAGGAAAUCCAGCAAUCAAUUAAGAAAGAGGACUGAUCAGAAGCUGAAGGACCUGCCACAGAUGGCAGGUCAUCCUGUCCAUCACCAGGCUCAGAGGCCCCCCACAGCCAAGAACCCACAGAAGCAGCAGAGGACACCCAUGGGGCAGAGGACUCCCCCAGGAGAGGAGGAGGAAUCCAGGGUGAAACGCAAGAACUGCGGGGCCUUUGGGCACUCAGCCAGGAGCAAGACCUGCCCCAUGAAGAGGUGGAGUGGGGCCCUUCCUCUGCAGCCCCGGGGCUCCCACAAGGGGAAGGAGAACCUGCAACCAACAAAGCCCCAGCUCCCCCAGGCUCCAGGGCCCUUCAUGAGGAUUGACAGAAAAAAGGAGCAAGGUCCAAGGCCCCAGCAGCAGCAGAGCAAAGCUCUGACGCAGACAUUUCCCAGGAGUCCCCAAGAGAAAACACAGGGAACCUGGAAGGAGCCAGUGAAAGCCUGUUUCCUCCUGAGGCAUCCUACCAUGCCUCUGCCUGUCCACAGCACCAAGAAGAGAUCUGUCCUGGGCCCUGUGUCCACAGGUCCACCGCCUGUCUACAUACCUGGGAUGACAUUACUCUGCCCUUCGGGUCACAAUGAUCGAGCUGAGCUGAGCACCUGUGGACCCACCAAGGGACAUGGCGGGGACAUUACUGCCUCCCUGCUCCCUGUUCUGAAGAGCUCCCACCAGAACCCCACUCUCAGUGCCAGGCCGCCAGCCAACAGUCCUGACGUGUUCUCCCACGGGGCUCCCCAGCCUGCCAUGAAGGCGUCUGCGCUGGGUCCCAGCCUUAAAUCCCAGGCAGAAAUCAAACGUCCCCAUGCAGAUGCAAAGCCCGGACCACAGCAAGUCAGACGAAAGUGUGGUCAGGACUCCAGAACCCAGAUGCCAGGAAAGCAGCCUGCCCCCGUCCCCACCCAGACCAUCCCGAACCCCACAAAGAAAGCAAGACUCAGCUCCUUCCAGACCCCCGCACUGAGAACUCAGCUCCCGGAUGUGGGCACUGUGCGGACACUCCAGCCUCCCUUCAUGGCAACUGGACUUGGAUCCAAACAGGCACCCAAGGCGACCACAGAGACAGCAGCCACCAAGACAGCACCUCUGCAGCCCAUCAACUUCCAGCCCCUACCCAGCUCACCUUUCCUGGGCCCAGCCCAGGGCUGCCCCGUCGUCCAGCCUGGACCACCCAUUCACGUUCCAGGGAGGCCCAGCAGUGUCUCCUUCAUGAGAGGGGAUGAGGGACAGGAGAGCCCCAGGUUCAGAACGCCUCCCACGUCCCGCCCUCCUGAGAACUCUGCUUCUGCUCAGAGCCCUCACGUCUCAAGGGAGCCUGAGGGCCGGGGUCCCCAGGUCCCAAGGAGUGUCCUCUAUGAGGACCUUCGGGUCACUUCCUCCUCUGAGGACAGUGACAGUGACUGAGGCCCCCAAGGCAAGGAGACCCGGCUUCAAGCGCAUGUGACUUGGAAGUGGCUGAAAGGCUGAGAAGCGGAGAGGUAGGAAGCAGCGCUGUGCGGGGUCAGCACUUCCCUGGCAGCGGUGCCUGUUCAAACGUGGACCCCAGAUACUAUCGGGGAUCAAGGAACCCUGCCUAUUUACAUUAUGUAAAUUUAACCUGCAUUAAAAUGGGGCUUAUGAAAG